AUGAAACGAUCAAAAGCUAAAGCUGCAGCAGAAGAUGCGAAAAAUAAAGCAUCGCAACCACGUCUCGAUUGGGUACCACCAAAUCCAGCACUUGGAGCUCAAUUAUUAGCACAAUUAGAAAAUAAUCCAUUAGAUGAACGAAGUGUAGCUGGUGUUCGUCUUUCACGUGAUGUUUAUAAACAUUACACUGCACAAGAAAUUCGUGAUCUUAAAGAAGUAUUCGAUUUUUUCGAUCAUAAACAUCGAGGAAGUCUUAAACCCAAAGAAAUUGUCUAUGUAAUGAGAACAUUAGGUGUUAAUAUGAGUAUUGAACAAUGUGUUGCGUAUGUUGAAAAAGAAAAUCAAGAAACAGCAACACUUAAUUUUGGAGAAUUUCUUCAUUUACUUGCUAAUUAUCAAGAUGGAGAACAAGAUGAUUAUGACGAAUUAAAUUUAGCUUUUCAAUUAUUUGAUAUUGAUGGUCGAAAAUAUAUUGAUUUCAAUACUCUGAGAAAAAUUAAUCAACAAACAAGUUUAAAUUUAAGUGAACAUGAAUUACAAUUAAUGUUUCAAGCAGCUGAUCGUAAUGGUGAUAAUCGUAUUGAUCGUCAUGAAUUUGUUCGAAUGAUGAGACAAACAAAUUUAUUUUCACGAUAA